AUGGCAACCAUCAAGGCCAUCGAAGCCCGCUCGGUUCAUCAAAUCCAAUCCGGUCAAGUUAUCGUUGACCUGUGCUCCGUGGCGAAGGAGCUUGUGGAAAACAGUCUCGACGCGGGGGCUACUUCAAUCGAGGUUCGAUUCCGGAAUAAUGGUCUUGACUUGAUCGAGGUGCAGGACAACGGGAACGGAAUAUCGCCGGAGAAUUACGAGAACGUUGCCCUUAAGCACUAUACGUCAAAACUAUCCUCCUUCGACGACCUCCUCCGGCUGCAAACCUUCGGCUUCCGCGGUGAAGCUCUAUCGUCGUUAUGCGCCCUCUCGGAUUUCCAAAUCACGACCGCGCAGGCGAACCAGGCCCCUCGCGCAACACGGCUUGAAUUCGAACAAUCAGGAAAGCUGAAGAAAACACAGGUGGUUGCGGGACAGAAGGGCACAACUGCGUCGGUGGAAGGUUUGUUCAAGAAGCUGCCUGUUCGGCGUCGAGAGCUGGAGAAGAACAUCAAGCGCGAGUAUGGCAAGGUGUUGAAUCUGCUGCAUGCGUACGCGUGCAUCAGUACGGGCGUGCGCUUCAGCGUGAAGAACACGCUAGCCAAGAAGAGUGCGGUGGUGUUCACUACGAACGCGAACCAGACGACGAAGGAGAAUAUCGCCAAUGUCUAUGGCGCAAAGACACUACUUGCACUGAUACCUCUGGAUCUCGAGCUUGAGUUUGAACCGUCGGCUGCUGGACGGCGGACGGUCGCAGACGAGACAAAUCGGAUACAGGUCCGCGGUCAUGUCUCGAAGCCCGUCGUGGGCGAAGGAAGACAAACUCCUGACAGGCAGAUGUUCUUCGUGAACUCGCGCCCUUGUGCGUUGCCGCAGAUUGCAAAGGCGUUUAACGAGGUAUACAAAUCGUUCAAUGUCGCCCAGUCGCCUUUUGUCUUUGCCGAUUUCCAUAUGGAUACGAAUGCGUACGACGUAAAUGUGUCUCCUGACAAGCGGACCAUUUUGUUGCAUGAUGCGGGAGCGCUCAUUGAGUCGCUGAAGCAGUCGCUACAAGAGCUGUUUGACUCGGUCGAUCAAACGGUGCCUCAGUCGCAGGUUCUUGGGAAGCUACCAAUUGCUAGACAGCGUUCGAUUCCUGAAACUACGAGAGCUACAACUACUGUUGACAAAGAGGAGAUAUCGGUUGGCGAAGAUGCAGAAGAGAGUCCUCUGGUCUCAAAGGAUAGGAUGAAGAGCCUCCCCAGCAAUAUAGAAGCUCGUGAUACACGAACAGACUCCCCUACUAGACGGCCUAUGCCCAGAGAACGGCAAUCAUCGCCUGCUCAAGCACCGAGUUCAAAGUUGCAAGAAGGGUCUCAGUCGCGGACUGCUGAAGACGACAUGUCAGAUGACGAGCUAUUCGUUCCGGAGGACGCUGCACCGCGCCAUAACGACGAGACAUUCGAUGAUAACGAAGAGGGGUCACAAUCACCUAGACAGCCAAGCCGCGCAGCAGAAGAUUCCGAGAGACCGAAUGCCAUACAAAGCGCCUUUGACCGCAUGAGGCCAAGGCGAGUGCCGGCCGAAAUGGCAACUAUUACAAUCGGCAACACGACUGUUACAUCGAUGGUAGGAAGUGGUGUACCAAAGAAGAGAAAUACGAGCAGUGAUUUGACUUCUCGCCCGACUCGAAAGAGGCGGAUUCAUACACCUUCUCGUCCAGGCAUUUUCGGUCAACGUAUGCUGGGCUUUGCAGCCCCAGGGACACAGCUGGAAUCGAUUCAAGAUAAUGAAGACUAUGAAAACGAACAAGAAGACUACGAUGAUGAAGAGGGUUCAGAGGAAGAGGAGGAGGAAGAUAAUGACGAAGAAAUCGAGGAAGAACAAAGUGAAGGUGAAGAGAUGGAAGACGUCUCGCCUUCCUCGCCGCCCGCUGAAAACAUCGCGAGUCAAGCUUCGUUCGAGCGAAAUACUGAUAUUGAAGAGGCGUCCCAGCCUCCAGGCGAGGAUUUGAAUGACGAGAUGAACGACGAAGAGAAGAAGAAACAUGAGGACGCCGAAAUUCAGCGGCUGAUUAAGGAAGCAGAGAAAGCCGCUCAGGCGACCAGUCUCAGCCGGGCAAACAAACUACAUAAAGGUGUCGGUCACCGGGACUCUACCGUGCAUCUUAUGACGACAAUCGACGGGUCACUUUCUGAGAUUCAGUCACGGGUAGACAGGCUCAAAGAUAGUUUGGCUGUCCUCGAACCUGAUAUAUCAGAAGACGAACCUAGCCUAACUCAGGCCGCGGCGGAAGAACGACUCUCGCUGACAGUCACAAAAGACGACUUUGCGCGCAUGCGAAUUCUGGGCCAGUUCAACCUAGGAUUCAUUCUUGCUACUCGAUCCACAGAAUCCAAAGACGAACUGUUCAUCAUAGACCAGCAUGCGUCCGACGAAAAGUACAACUUUGAGCGCCUGCAAUCCGAGACAGUCGUCCAGAACCAGCGCCUCGUCCACCCCAAACGUCUCGACCUCACAGCCGUCGAAGAGGAAAUCGUGAUCGAAAACCAGACUGCCCUUGAGAAGAACGGGUUCGUCGUCGACGUCGACGAUAGCGGCGAUGAGCCGAUCGGGCGCCGCUGUCGACUACUCUCUCUACCCCUCAGCAAGGAAGUCGUCUUUGAUGUCCGCGACCUCGAAGAGCUCAUCGUCUUACUCUCAGAAACAACUUCUGCAAACACGAAGACGGAUGUCCCCCGGCCCAGCAAAGUGCGAAAGAUGUUCGCCAUGCGCGCGUGCCGGUCUAGUAUCAUGAUCGGCAAGACCCUGACGCAGAAGCAGAUGGAGCGUGUUGUGAGGAAUAUGGGGACGAUUGAUAAGCCGUGGAACUGUCCGCAUGGCCGGCCAACAAUGCGCCAUCUCUUUAGCCUGGGGCAAUGGGAUGAGUGGGAUGAGUAUGAAGGGCGAGAGGAUGAUAUUGAACCGGCCGACAGGUUGGAUAUAUGGAGGGAGUAUCUUGCUGACGUGGAAGACGAAUAG